AUGGUAUUUUCUACAUACUUUAGCGUCAGCAAAAGAUGGCGUUGUUGCACUGUUGUAGCAGGAGAAACAUCAAGUUCAGGCCAAGCGCUCACCAUUCUGCAGAAUAAGGACCAGAACUUUACUGAGGUAAACUGUGUCUGUUCUUUUACUAUUACAGCAGUUCAUCGAGGCCCUGUCGUUCGCCUCCUUCAUCAAAGCUCUGUCAGGGACCUACAUGAAGAGUGCCAUCACUCAGAGAGACACUUUGACCUGUCCAGCACUCUCAUCGGACUCAUAGACGGCAGCUUUGAGAUGGGUAACCUGCUGUUCCUGGCUGUGAUCAGCCAUUUUGGGGCGAAGAUGAACCGGCCCAGGCUCAUUGCUAUUGGCUGUUUCCUCAUGGCUGUAGGAUCCUUCCUCACAGGCCUGCCACACUUCUUCAUGGAACGGUAAAACAACUGAAAUACUGGUUAAACUUGUACUUGUAGAGAUACUCCAAUGCGGAGGAUAGUUUCACUUUAGAAAUAAAGAAAUGUAUCCAGUUGUUGAUUAAUCUCAGUUAACUUCGAACUAACGUCUUGCGUAAUUGGUCAGCUGCUUGAUUAUGUUUUGGGGCCAUACAUGUUAAGAGAAGGGAUUAACUUGUUAUGGCUGUAAUCCUGUUAACGGGAUUAGUGUCAUCAACAACUGCUGAAUAGCAUAGCGCUACAUUCAAUAAAUUUUACUAAAAAUAUUUAUAUUCAUGAAAUCACAAGUGCAAUAUAGGAAAACACAGUUUAGCCUUUUGUUAAUCCACCUGUCGUGUCAGAUUUUGAAAUUAUGCUUUACAGCGAAAGCAAUCCAAGCGUUUGUGUAAGUUUAUCGAUCGCUUGACAAAACAUUAAGUAGACUUAGCAUCAAGUAGCUCGGUCACGAAAAUCAGAAAAGCAAUUAAAUUCAUAGUUUACCUUUGAUGAUCUUCGGAUGUUUUCACUCACGAGACUCCCAGUUACACAACAAAUGUUCCUUUUGUUCCAUAAACAUUAUUUUUUAUAUUCAAAAUACCUCCGUUUGUUUGGCGCGUUAUGUUCAGAAAUUCACAGGAAAGAGCGGUCACGACAACGCAGACAAAUUCCAAAUAGUUUCCAUAAUGUCCACAGAAACAUGUCAAAUGUUUUUUAUAAUCAAUCCUCAGGUUGUUUUUAAAACAUAAAAUCGAUAAUAUAUCAACCGCAAAUGUCUUUCACAGUAGGAGAGGGAAAAGCAAUAGCUGUCCAAACUCUGUUGCGCGAGCAAAACUCAUGUGACCACUUGACGCGAUGUUGUCUUUCUGGAUCAUUUUUCAAAAUAAAAGCCUGAAACUAUGUCUGAAGACUGUUGACACCUUGAGGAAGCGAUAGGAAAGGGAAUCUGGUUGAUAUCCCUUUAAAUUGAGCAAAGGGCGCCUAUGGAAUAUGGAGUUUUUAAAAUAGAAGCCACUUCCUGUUUUGAUUUUCCUCAGGGUUUCGCCUGCAAUAUCAGUUCUGUUAUACUCACAGACAAUAUUUGGACAGUUUUGGAAACUUUAGAGUGUUUUCUAUCCAAUACUAAUAAUAAUAUGCAUAUAUUAGGAACUGAGACUGAGGAGCUGGCCGUUUACAAUGGGCACCUUUUCAUCCAAGCUACUCAAUACUGCCCCUGCAGCCAUAAAAAGUUUGGACAACAAAGGCAAGGUAUUGGAGUGGCCAUCACAAAGCCCUGACCUCAAUCCUAUAGAAAAUGUGUGGGCAGAACUGAAAAAGCGUGUGCGAGCAAGAAGGCCUACAAACCUGACUCAGUUACACCAGCUCUGUCAGGAGGAAUGGGCCAAAAUUCACGCAACUUAUUGUGGGAAGCUUUUGGAAGGCUACCCAUAACGUUUGACCCAAGUUAAACAAUUUAAAGGCAAUGCUACCAAAUACUAAUUGAGUGUAUGUAAACUUCUGACCCACUGGGAAUGUGAUGAAAGAAAUACAAGCUGAAAUAAAUCAAUCUCUCUACUAUUAUUCUGACAUUUCACAUUCUUAAAAUAAAGUGGUGAUCCUAACUGACCUAA